CUUCCUCCCUCCCUAGCUGCAUUCUUCUCUACCGGUCACUUUUCUUGGGUGAAACUGAAUGUUAUUUUUUAAUUAACGGAGUGUCUAAUAGGAAAGGAGCUGGGGGAAGAGAGAGAGAGAGAGAGCUAUUAAACAUAAACUGAGCCGGCUGAACCAAUACUAAAACAACGAUUACUACAGCACUCCUGUUUAAUAAGCUUCUUUUUUCUUUUUAAUGUUUAAUGAUUAGCUGUGGCACAGGGGAGCUGAGAUGCAGGGAAUGGAUUUUGAAGACAAGUCAUCCAAAAAGUACUGCAUGAAGAAGAAGCAUGUGGCUAUCAUCUCUGGUGUGGUAGUUGCUGUAGGUUUAAUUCUGGGACUGGGACUGGGGCUGGGAUUAAGAUCACAGCCCUGUGGAGGUCCCGAGCUGGUGACCACAGAACCACCCCAACCCUCUGGCCCCACUCCAGGGGUCGAGGACCCUUGCCCAGCCAAAAGUGGUGAACAUGGAGGUUGGGAAGAUUUCCGACUGCCCCUCUAUGUUAAUCCGGUUCAUUAUGAUUUGGAACUGAAGCCCGAGAUGGAAGCGGAUCGUUACACUGGAACAGUCACUAUCUCCAUCAAUCUGACCAAGCCAACUAGGCACUUGUGGCUUCACCUCCGAGAGACAAAGAUCACAGAAAUGCCCUCGCUCAAGAUAUCCCCAGACAAGCCUGUUGCGUUACACCAAUGCUUUGAAUACAAACUGCGGGAAUAUGUGGUGAUAGAGGCAGAAGGAGAGCUUGCUCCUACCAGUGAAAGUAACCUUUAUUACCUGACUAUGAAGUUCCAAGGCCAUUUAAAUGGUUCCCUUGUUGGAUUUUACAGAACAACCUAUGUGGAGAAUGGAGAGACCAAGAGCAUAGCAGCUACAGAUCAUGAACCGACAGAUGCCCGGAAGUCAUUUCCUUGCUUUGAUGAACCUAACAAAAAGGCAACUUACACUAUAUCUAUUAUCCAUGAAAACUCAUAUCAAGCUUUAUCAAAUAUGCCUGUGGAGGAAACAGUUUCAUUGGAUAGUGUUUGGAAUCAGACAACAUUCAAAAAAUCUGUCCCAAUGAGCACUUACUUGGUGUGUUGGGCUGUGCACCAGUUUGAAUAUAUAGAAAAAAAAUCAUCUCGAGGAAUUCCUCUCCGUGUUUACGCACAGCCACAGCAGAUAAAGACAGCAGAGUAUGCAGCAAAUGUAACAAAGCUUGUUUUUGACUUCUUUGAAGGAUACUUCAAUAUGAAUUACUCUCUUCCAAAACUGGACAAAAUAGCCAUUCCAGAUUUUGGUACUGGGGCCAUGGAAAACUGGGGGCUGAUCACUUACAGAGAAACAAAUCUCCUUUAUGACCCCAAUGAAUCUGCCGCAUCUAACAAGCAAAGAGUAGCAGCCGUGAUUGCCCAUGAACUUGUUCACCAGUGGUUUGGAAAUAUUGUGACGAUGGACUGGUGGGAUGACUUGUGGCUAAAUGAAGGAUUCGCCAGUUUCUUUGAGUUUAUGGGUGUAAAUGCUGCAGAAGAAAAUUGGCAAAUGCUGGACCAAAUUUUAAUUGAAGAUUUGUUCCCUGUGCUGAAGGAGGACUCCUUGCUGUCUUCCCAUCCUAUUGUAGUGACUGUGUCUUCUCCUGCUGAAAUAACUUCUGUGUUUGAUGGCAUAUCUUACAGCAAAGGUGCAUCAAUUCUCAGAAUGCUAGAAGACUGGAUCUCACCAGAAAACUUCCAGACUGGAUGUCAGAACUACUUAAGAGACUACCAUUUCAAAAAUGCAAAGACAGAUGAUUUCUGGGCAUCACUGGCAAAUGCCAGUGGCAAACCAGUCAAAGAUGUGAUGGACACCUGGACUAGGCAGAUGGGCUAUCCUGUGCUGGAUGUACAUUCAGACUUGACAAUUACACAGAAACGUUUCCUUCUGGAUCCCAAAGCAGAUCCUACCCAGCCAUCUUCUAAUUUCAGUUACACAUGGAAUAUUCCAGUGAAAUGGUAUAAGGGAAAUGUGUCCGAUGUGACAUUCUACAAUAAAUCAGAGUUGUCAGGAAUUACUCUUGCACAGGCUGACACUCUUGAUCCUAAUUCUACUCUGAAAGUUAAUCAGAAUCAUGUUGGCUUUUAUCGUGUCAACUAUGGAGCACAGUACUGGGAAGACUUAGCCAAUACAAUGAUGAGCAGCUAUCAGAAUUUUGGUUUGGCUGAUCGUGCUGGCUUUCUAGAUGAUGCUUUUUCAUUGGCCAGGGCUGGACUUCUGAAUUAUACUUAUGUCAUGAACCUAACAAGAUAUCUGAAAAUCGAGAGAGAAUACAUACCUUGGCAGAGAGCUGUAUCAGCUGUAUCCUAUAUUAGAGACAUGCUUGAAGAUGAUAAUACACUCUAUCCCAAAUUUCAGGAAUAUUUCCGUAGCCUUGUGAAACCUAUUGCAGAUGAGUUGGGAUGGAAGAGUGAUGGAGGCCAUCUCAACAGUCUCCUUCGUGUGACAGUUCUAGAAUUUGCAUGCAGCAUGGGUGACCCAGAGGCUUUGAGUAACGCAUCCAGUUUGUUCAACGACUGGCUAAACGAAACAAGUCCAGAUGUAAAUCUUCGUCUCUUGGUGUACCGCUAUGGGAUGCAAAACUCUGGCAAUGAGGAAGCCUGGGAAUACAUGUUUAAGAAGUACCAAAAUACAACAUUAGCCCAAGAAAAGGAGAAGCUGCUGUAUGGCUUGGCAUCAGUGAAGAAUAUCACCCUGUUGGACAGAUUUUUAAAGGAUAUCAAGAAUACAAGUCUCAUUAAAAGUCAAGAUGUGUUCACUGUCUUGAGGUACAUCUCCUACAACAGCUAUGGCAAAACCAUGGCUUGGGACUGGGUACGGCUCAACUGGGAAUACUUAGUCAGCAGAUACACGCUCAAUGACAGAAACCUUGGCCGUCUAGUAGCAAGAAUAACAGAUACAUUCAAUACAGAUCUCCAGCUUUGGCAGAUGGAAAAUUUCUUUGAGAAAUAUCCUAAUGCUGGAGCUGGAGAAGCAUCCAGACAACAGGCUAUUGAAACUACAAAGAGCAAUAUUGAAUGGAUAAAGCAACACAGAGAUGAGAUAGCAGCAUGGUUUGAAAGUUAAAAUGUAUCAUGCCUUCCCUAAAGUAAUGCACUUCCUGUUCCUUACAGAAAUUCUUAGGACUUUAUUAUCAAAAUACUACAAGUGGGCUUUUGUAUAAAUCUCAAUUCCUGGUAUGGUUGCCACCUCUCAGAGAAAACACAUGCUCAUAUGCAUAUGUUAAUUUAUUUAAAUGUAUGUUCAAACCAGCUAGUGCUUUAAAAAAAAUUGUCAUUAAGAAGUUUGCUCUUGUUUAUCUUGGCAGAACUACUUAUGUGUGUAAAAUUAUCAUACAACAGGGAUAAUGUUGUUAGAAUUCAGGUCAUACUUGUGUGUGAUGACGAUCAUUUAGAUGUAUAUUUACCAGAUACACAACUUUGAAAAUAAGUUCUUUGUUUAUACAAAACCCUACAUAUUAUUUCAUGUACUCAGGAUGUCCUUCCAAAUGUACCUCAAUA